AUGGAGAAGGAGAAGCGUCAGAGAGUGAGUCUGCCGCAGAUGGUGGUGAGCGGCGAGGGGAGCGAGGCUCGCGUGAAGGUGAAGGUCGAGGCCGCCGGGGGCGGGGGCGAGGCGGGCGGUGCGGCGGGGGCGGAGAGCGCGGGCGCGGUGGGGCGCAUGGUGGAUUCGUCGCAGGCCGACGACCGCAAGCUCAUCCGGCUGGUUCGCGAGCGGAGGCUGCUGUACGCGCGCAACAAUAUGCCCGUCGCCAGCUACUACACGCAGGUGAAGAAUCUGUGGGACGACGUCGCCGCCAUCAUGGGCUGGAGCGUGGCGGACGUGCGGCGCAAGUGGUCGCACAUCCGCAACUCGUACUCGCGGCACCUGCGCAACGAGAUGCACGGCGCCUGCACCAGCAAGGGCCGCAUGGUGUCGCGCUGGUACCUCGCCGACGAGCUGGAGUUCCUGCGCGAGCACAUGGCCACCGACAUGAGAUCAAGCCCGUAUUCCUCUUACGCACCGACGCUGUUAGAGAUGGACCUUAACGAGUCUUCCAGUUCGGAGACGGUGGACAUAAAGCCCUUCAUCCACAACUCGUGGUUCGCACUGAACGCCACGUCUUCGCCAGUGUUGGAGCCCAAGCCGCUUUCUUUUCAGAAUGAAGACAGCUCCAGUUCGAAUGCUUUCACGGCUGAUGAGAAUUCCUCUUUCUUUCAAUUUUUCCGCGGUAUUCACAGCGAGUUUCUAGAACUAUCACCAAAGAGACAGAGACAGUUCAAGAGAAAGUGUCUAGACUACCUCCACGAGCUGUUAGACGAAGAAGAUAACAACCACCAGCACGGCUACUCCCACCAGGACAACGUGCUGAACCUCUCCAACUCCGUUCACAUGAGCGUAGAAGAGAGGGAGGUCAAACCAGUGGUAGAACACGCCUGCACCCUAUCCAGUAACUGACGGUGUUUUAGUUCAAUUGUUCAUUAUUCCGAGCGUGUGUGAAGAUACGGUGAGACGGAUGCGGAAUCGAGAGGGAUUGUCAAGUUGUCGGUCGAUGUAGAUAUUUAACAAUUAAGAGUUCUAAAUCUGCUUCACGCGAUAUGAGAUACUCGAUGAGUUACCUGAACUGUCGGCAGUGAGGAAUUAGAACUGAGAGGCCAGUUGCUCAGCAUACGCUCAUGUUAUUCUUUGUGAUUUCUCUCAGAUUCGAUUGGAACGUUAUGCAAAUGUUACAGGAGACACGAUGAUGAAACUAUGGUAUAAUAUAAUAUAUAGUACGUACAAAUUCAACAUAGUUAACUACAACGCCAUUUGUCGUGUCUCCUGUGCUUACUAAUGAAGUUGGGAUUGCUGGGGUAUUGAAUUAGCAUAAUUUAUGCAAGUUCCUACUUUAAUGUUAGUCAAUAGUUAUUGUUCUCAAUUUAAGGAAUCAUUGAAAUAAAAAUAUUUUCCACA